CAACAUGCAAAAGCCAGGCCGAGGCCGCCCGCCGGCUGGCCCUACCGGUAGUCUCGUACAUCAUCUCGACGCAAAUAUGACCGACGUGUCCCGGGAUUGAUGCGUUUGAGUACUGACCUCUGCUGACUGCAUGCAGCGUACAUAUGCCCAUACGCCAUCCAGACGUCCUGACGAUCAAACGAAGCUUGCUCACUCAACACGUAGCGGCAAAUGCCGAACAACGACAAAGAAGCAAGUGCCGGCCGGGGAACAUGCACAGACUCGCCGUUCGCCGACCCUCCUCCACUCGCAGCCCAACGAGGAUGCAAGAAAAGGUGACCUGGCCUACCGGUAGUGGGCCGACGACGCCGCCGAAUGGAGCAGUUGGUGGACGUCACCCUUGCUCCACAAAGCCGCAGAACGCCUCUGUGUGUCUCUCUCCCUCAACAUCAAUGCCCAAGGCUAAUGUCGUAGGUCAAAGGUUGCUUCUUUAUGAGUGUGAAAACGAUAAUGUUGACGUAAUGAACGGCCGAUACGUUGGCGAUCUAGACACCACGUGGUGUGACUCAGAGCACUUCAGGGCCCGGCCCGGCCGAGGCCGCCAUCAGACUUCCAUAGGUACACUCGUCCAUACGAUGACUAAUAACGAGGGCCGCAGCUCAAUGCGUGUGUCAUCACAUCGGCAUCCACUAACGGCUCAUGCAGUAUACAUCGUAAGUCCUUCGAAAACGAUACUCCAAGCAACGCCGCCGUCGUGUGAACUCAAGGACAAGAGAAAGGGCAAGAGAAAAAGGAGGGGAAAGGGGGAAAAAAGGGAAAUGAAAACUGAACGUGCCGCUUCAUUGGUUACUGCUUAAAUGCCUACCUACCUCCGUCGAGCACUUAUACAAGUACGGUAAAGAAGCUGGUAGAAGAUGUUCCGAACCAAGGUAUCCAAUAGUGUUUACCGACGUACUCAUCUCGUGAUUUCCAGAGGCGUCUUGCGGUGGCCCCAGUCUCGAG